AUGGUUCUGACUGCAAUCGAUGACAACGAAGCUUCAAUCCGCAUCUGGGAGGACGCAAAAGCGCUCAAAAUCCCAGUCAACGUCGCCGACGUCCCGCCCAAUUGCGACUUUUACUUUGGCUCCAUGAUUCGCAGAGGACCGCUGCAGGUCAUGGUCUCUACAGGUGGAAAGGGCCCCAAGCUUGCUGCCAUGCUCCGGGAAAAACUCGAGAAAGCACUCCCUCCCGAGACGGAGCAGGCAAUUGACAAGGUGGGCAAGCUCCGUGCAAAGCUCAGAGCUCGCGCACCAGGAGUCGGUGGGAAACUCGGACAGGAGAGAAUGCAAUGGAUGACGGGCGUGUGUGAAGUGUGGUCGUUGGAAGACCUCGCCGACCUCGACGAACCCGCCAUGGAUCGAUUACUGGACGCUGGGUGGGAAAAUCGCAGAGUCCCGGACUAUCAAACUGUCCUUGGAACCGGGGUUUGGUGGAAGACGCUGCAAAGACAGUGGAAAGAGGAUGGAGUCCGCUGGUUUGCAGGAGGUCUGCUCUCGGGUGUCCUUCUCUUUGCAUUGAAACGGAGAUACAUAGACCAACUCAACCACUCGUUUCGAAAUUAUAUCAUCUAUAAUGACACGCGCAUCCUCAUGCUAUCAAUGGACUGGUCUUUGAGGACGACACUCAUAAACAGCAACUUUGCACAUGCUGUGAAUCGAUGGCAAGCCCGGGCUUCUCACUCUGCCUCGUUCGACAUGCGUGGCGUCUAA